AUUAUUUACAUUAUUGACGGCGGAUUGGAUAGGAUUGGAGUAGUCAGCAGUAAGCUACGCAAGGUUCUUUCGCAAUUCAAUGUGAUAUUUAGAUAAUUUCUACUUUUUUUUCUUUACAAAUACCAUUAUUUGUUUUACAGUUCUCGUCAUGGAGGUCAGUAUCAGGAAGCUUCAUAGAUUGUUUGUCUUUCUUGGUAUUUUACUGGUGAUUGUUGAGGGUAAAGCGCCGGUUGGGGAGUGGACCGUCAGUGACACUAAUGGCAAUCCUUGUAUGAAGAUGCAGAUGGCAGCUACCAUUACCAUUCCAUACGUCACAAAUAGUGGAGAGAAUACUAAUGCCAUCGUUGACGUCCCCACUACUGCUGAUCCCUCUCACUACUCCAAGUGUGACGGACCCUCGGUAUCAUUUAAGUUGAAGUUUUUCUCGAAUGGUUGGUCACUAUGGUUUGAUUACAAGAAAUCUGGUUCGAAGUAUAAAUUAGAUACGAUAGGUGUCGGAUACACUUAUGAUAAUGUGCACUUCCCAGGUGCUGCUGGCGGUGGGUUUUCCUCUUCAUCUAUAAGUGACAGCGACCUACCAACCACGCACGUUGGCAAUUACUAUGGUUGCAACAAAACAUCUUUUGACAUCUUUGGAAUAACUCUUGACAUGAGUGAUGUCAAAUUCCAACCUUAUGUGCAAGAUGUUCCAGAUAAAGGUUACGGUAAAAUGGAAGUGUGUUCGACUGGUGGAGGAAUAUCGGGUGAAGCUGUCAUGAUUCUCAUCAUUAUCGCUGUGGCACUUGUCAUUAUUGUGCCAAUUGUCGUCACAGUUGUCUGUGUUGUACGGCGCAAGCGCAGAAAUCAACAGUUUGAUUAUCAACCACAGUAGACUGGAUCACUCAGCCUGAAGCCACAGCCUGUAAUCCAACAAUUAUUUCAACAUGCUUUUAUAUAUGUUUAAAUAAAUCAAUCACCUUUUCAAAUUAGGCUGAAUAGAAAUGUUAUAGGGGCUAGCAAUGUUUAUUAAACAAACGCAGACAUAAUAAAAUGGAUCAUUGUAAAUAAAUGUGAUCUAUCUGAAAUGUUCAACAAACAUUUGUUACUGUAUUUAUAAUUCGGAUUCCAUUUUUUUUUAUUUUUUAGAAUAGUAGAGCCCAAAUGUCAGUGUCACUCGAGGCCAGUAAAUCAUGCUCUAGCUGUCGGCCCUCAAAUUGCCAGACAACGGAGGAGUGACACUGGUCUUUUCGCCUUCUUUUUCUCCUCAGGGAUUUAUCCUUGUUAGUUUGAGGAUACUUCUUCGUACUUAAAUAAGCUAUGAAAGUCCAUUUGUAUUUUUUUUCUUGGCAGUAUGUUUUUAAACAAAAUGCAAAGUACUCAUUAUAUUAUAUGUAUACGAGAUCACAUGUUGCAUAGCAGCCAAACAAAUAUUGAGAGUUCUGUUUUUUUUUUUAAAUAUUAUUUCUACACCCAUAAAAGAUGGUUAAAUAAAACAAAUAACUAUUAAGUCAUCAAUCUAUCAGAUCGCCAAGAUUAAUCAAUUCAGUCACAUUCCUUCUUUUACUGUCUUCAUUUUGGGGAUUGAUAUUAAAUAUUAUUCCUUUUUGUGAAAAUGUGAAAUAUUGUUAUUUGAAUAUAUGUAUUUUUUUAUACCAAAUUAUUAACUGUUUUAGGCUCGUAAUGAUCAGUAGCACAAAGUGUGAUAUAAAAAUGAUCAUAAUCAAAA